ACCUGCAUCUUUUGUUUCAAACACCUAGAGCGCCCUUAUUUUGUGGAAGUAAAGAAUGGGAAGAUUAUCAAAAAAUCAACAAAAGAUAGCUUGAUGUGUGUCAAUCCUGAAUGUGUUUCUGUAAAGCAUGACCGGUCUACCAAAUGUCUGGAUAUUCUCUCAUCUUUUGCAAUAGGUCUAUCUGAACUGACCCUGUGUCUCCUCGGAGUACCUAUCCCCCACUUCUCCCAAAAUCAAAUCAGUCAAUACGGAACUGAAGAACUCAAAACUCAAACAUCUAUCUUUGUGCAAGAAGAGGAAAACAGCCAAUUGCGAUGCAAUUAA